CUUCUUCCCAUUUCCUCUUGUCGAGUUCGCUAGAGCGCCUGAAUGGCGUGCUCGGUGAUUAUCGGAGAGCCGGUCGACCUCCUACACUUCGAGGACCCUGCCAGUGUAACUCUACCAAGCACCGUCGCUGGCUCCCAGGAGGAAACGCCCCCGGGAGAGAGAAAAUGGCCCGGCUGGCCAGGGGAUAAUGUCUUUAGGCUCAUUGUCCCUCUUCACAAGGUUGGUGCAAUUAUUGGGCGCAAGGGCGAGUUUGUCAAGAGAAUGUGCGAGGAAACAAGGUCGCGCAUCAAAAUUCUCGACGGUGUACCAGGAACGCUAGAGCGCAUCGUGCUCGUUUCCGCCAAGGAGGAUCCCGAAGCAACUAUCUCACCCGCAAUGGACGGCCUACUCCGGGUCCAUCGGCGAGUUACAGAGGGCUCCAGUGGCGACGGUGAACCUGUUGAGCACAUCAUUUUGCCCUCGGGCCUCGUUCAGUCUCGCCUUCUCGUCACCGCUACACAAGCUGGUAGCCUGAUUGGAAGACAAGGUGCGACAAUCAGGUCCAUACAGGAGACCUCGGGUGCUACAGUCCGAAUCAUGCCAGUUGAGGAGCUCCCACUUUGUGCGUUAGCGGACGACAGGAUGGUGGAAGUCCAAGGCGAAAUCUUGAAGGUGCAGAAAGCCAUGGAGCUUGUGGUCUCUCAUUUGCGCAAGUUUCUCGUGGACCGAUCCGUGCUCCAGCUGUUUGAGUUCAAUCGCGCUAUGUCGAGCCAAGUACAAGGACAGCAAGCUGCUGCUAUUGCUACUUCAUGGGCUACCCCCACAGUCGCUGCUACCACACCUUACUCGUCAACCGACUACUAUGCGGAUCAGGCGCAAAGCCAACAUUAUGCUGUCUCCGUGUAUGGUGGUGAUCCUGGUCGGGUGGAUGUAACAAGCACCACGCCAGCGGCACCUGCCGAGACUGUGAGUCAGCAGCUCCAGGUCCCCCUCUUGUACGCAGAUGCAAUCAUUGGAACUGCCGGGGCCAAUAUCAACUACAUGCGGCGGACAAGUGGAGCAACCAUUAGCAUACAAGAGACUCCCAAUGCCCCAGGAGAGAUGACAAUCGAAGUGCACGGGCAGUCGACUCAAGUUCAAACAGCACAACAGUUGCUUCAGAAUUUCAUGGCAGGAGCUGCAGGAACAACUGCAGCAACCACUUGCACCACCUCCGACUACAGUUAUACAACUCAAAACACCCUGUACGCGUCGGGAAUGAGCUACAGUCCCAGUGCUUACGGAUCACAAUACAGCAGCGGCUACGUUUACUAUGGCACCUGA